AUGGCCAACUCCAGUUUUACUGAGUCCCUAGCCGCCCUCAUUACCCAAUAUGGGUUAAGUGGCAAUGAGACGGUCCUCGCCGCCAUCGCCACCAUCGCCGCCCAGGCUCCCACCCCUGCCCCUCAGGCACACCUCCCGCCGCCGGUAAUCGCAUCUUACCUCGAAACGAGGAACUCUUUUGCCCAACUCGAAUCUGCCCCCUUAGAAAUGGAGUACGCAUGCUCCGAAUCCUCGGCGUCUACCUCCCGGAAGAGGCCCGCCACUACCCUAGGCUCCGGUUCAUCGGAGUCCUCUGACUCUGACGGAACCGGUGAGUCAAACUUCACCACCGUCACCUCCAAGCGCAACGGAAAGCGCGCCGCGUUGAAACGCACCCCCCCUACUUCAGCGGCCCCUGCCGCUCCUUCAACCUCCGCAGCACUUGACGCUGCACCCGUCCCACUGAUGUCACUAGACAUCCCCACUCCAUCUAAACCAGCCUCUCGUUGUGCUCCAGUGCUGGCGAAGAAGCAAGUCCCGCCCCCUGUCUUCCUAAGAGACAAGGCAAAGUUCACCCAACUGUCUAAGACCUGCUACGACGCAGGCAUCAAAUACGAUCAUGCAGUCAACCUCGGGGAGGCAAUCAAAAUAAUCCCUACCUCGAUCGAGGACUUCCGCGCAAUCACCCGGCUAUUCACAGCCGAGCGCAUCUCAUACCACACUUACGCUCUCCCUGAAGAGCGUAAAGUCAGGGCCGUCAUCCGAGGCGUCCCCUUUGAGUUCUCCAAUGAGGAAAUCCUCGAGGACCUUAAGUCCCAAGGUUUCCCAGUGGAAGCAGUGCACAAAAUGCACAACCGUGCGCACAGUGUGCGGCCUGUCAAGGGUGAAGGUAGAGCCCCCACAUAG